AUGUCAGUCUGCGAAGUGGACGAAAGUCGAGCAUCAAAUAUAACAACGCCGCCAAAUUAUGUUUCCGAGCGAAACAAAUACGUGACUGCAGAGGACUUAAGUACCUUUAAGGAGGAUAUAAUUCAAUUGAUAAAAUCCUUAGGUGAAGCCCAGCAGAAAGAAUUGAAAUCGAUUAAUCCAACUCUAAAGGAUAUACAACAGACCAACCACAGCAUCGAAAGUGCAAUUUCAUUCCUUUCGGCACAAAAUGAAGAACUAACUAAGAAAAUCGUUCAGUUGGAGAAGAAGGGACAGGAGGACAGAGAGUACAUUACCCUACUGGAGGAUAAAAUUGAAAGUAUUCAGAUAAACUGUCGCAAAUCUAACCUCGAAUUAAAAAAUGUUCCUCGAAAGAACACUGAAUCUAAGGAGGAGUUGAUUGAGAUGAUCCUGUCAUUAUCUACUACUAUCGGAGGAAAUCUCGUCCAAUCGGAUAUAAAAGAUAUUUACAGAGUCCGUGGGAAAAACAACUCUCCGAAUCCCCCAAUAGUGGUUGAAACUACAUCCACAAUGGUAAAGAAUGAUAUAUUAAAACUGUGCAAGGCGUAUAAUACUAAGAAUAAACUGAAAUUAUGCGCUAAAAACCUAGGAAUACGUACGCGCGAAGAUACUCCAAUCUACGUAUCGGAGCAGCUCACCGCUAAAGGGUCCCGUCUGUACUUCCGUGCGAGAGAUCUAGCCAGGUCUAGGCAAUAUAAAUUCUGCUGGACGGCAUACGGCCGGGUCUACGUGCGAAAAACUGAAACUUCACCUAUAAUAGCAAUAAACUCGGAAAUCCAGGUUGAUCAAUUAAUAAAUAAGGACUGA